CGUUGUAAACAGAGCCAGCAGCUUCUUGGAGGAGGACGAAGCAAAGUGAAACAGCACUUUUUAAGAUGAAUAACGUGGAGACUGAGCGGCUGGACAGCCUGGAGGGAUGGGUGGCUGUUAAAAGUAACAUAUUUGAAGAGCCUGAGACGUUUAAGUUGGGUUUUAUCGUACAGUGGAACGUCAUCGAGUGUAAGUUUGCUGUCACCUGCCACAACCGGACGUUACAACGGCAGAAACGCAAAGCCGAGGUUGUCACCGGGGACCAUCAGAUGAGCUGGGCUGGACUUUUCUCUGUCAACGAUCUAAAACACAUCCAUCAGCAGUUCAGCUGUGUGGCGGACAUCUUGGUAACCUGCUUCCCGGACUUGUCAGACUUCGAAGACGGCAACAUUUGGGACUUGCUCUUCCUAAACCGGAGGUCAGGUACCGGGGACGACGAUGAACGGGAUUUCGAUACGCCGUGUAGAAAGCUGGAGAAAUACUUCAGCACGGCCAUUGACAUCUGCGGGCGAAAGAUUGUGCUCGACACGUUGUUCACGCAGGACGAGCGGGACGUGGAGGAGUACUUUGAAAAUCUGCAGGAGUUCAAGAGGAAGACCAUGCAGGAGGAGAUGGCCAGGGCCAAGAGUCACGUGAGACAGCUCCUGCAGAGUCAUGGCAGUGCAGACCGAAUGGUCGCGCUGCUCGGCAUCUACGAGGAAGAGGACGAGGCCUACCAGGACCUGGUCACCGUGGCCACCACCUUCUUUCAGUAUCUGCUGCAGCCUUUCAGGGACAUGAGAGAGCUGGCCUGCCUCUACAAGCUGGAGAUCCUGAAGUCUGUGGAGUUUGAGGACUUGGGUCCUCGGAGGAUAGCAGCUCUGGAGAAGGAGGCGGAAGAGUGGAGGACGAAAGCAGAUGAAGCAGUCGCCUCAAUUCAGGACAUCACUGUCACCUACUUUGCACAGACUUCAAAGGCUCUGGCUGGUAUGUUGAAGCAGAUGGAGGAGGAUAAGUGCCGUUUCGGAGCUAAUGCCUGGGCGUCUGCAGCUCCCAGAUUGGAGAAACUGCGCUUCCUUUUGGCCAAAGAAACCCUGCAGCAUAUGAGAGCGAUGGAGAUGUGCCUCAACCGCAAGAAAGACCGCAUCAGAGAAAGGUUGGGCAGCAUGUGUGGCAGCCAACAAACUGAUACCAGAUCUGCGUCUGAGGAUGGUCAGCAGCACAACACAGUGGACCAGCUGGAGCUGAAAUUCUAUGAAACCCAACUCGAACUGUACGACAUCAAGUUUGAGAUCCUGAAGAACGAGGAGCAGCUGCUGGUGGCUCAGAUCGACACGCUGCGACGGCAGAUCAAAGAGCUGAAGGAGGAGGUGGUGUACUACGAUGUGUGUGAGGAUCUAGAGGAGCUGCAGAGCAUGGUCCACACAGCGUCCACACACACAGACUCUCCGGCUGUCAGGCAGCUCAAAAGACGCCUACAGACCUUGGAGGCCAAGAGAGGCAACAUCUGUGCCCGACGAGCUUAUCUCCGUAACAAAAAGGAUCAGUGCAUGGAGGCCAACGAGCACAAGCAGCAGUCCGCCAAGCAGAGCUCCAUAGUCUUCAGUCAGCAUCAUCAGGUCCACCUGAAACGAGAGAAGAGGAAAGAGGAGGAGCAGAGGAGGAAACAGUGGGUGGACCAGGAGCGAGAGAAGACUCUGAGCAGAUUACGAUCCUUCAGAGAGAGGCGACAGGGCCAGUACAUCCUGAAGACACCUCAGUCCAGGAUGUCUCUCAGUUCAGAAGUGCCGUGUCCCUCCCAGCCGCUGUCCAUCAUCAGCCUCGGCCCCUCUGAAGGACCCCCCUCCGUCCGUCCUGCACCCAGACGCAAUAAAGCACCUAAGAAGCAGCAGCCUAAAGACAUCCCUGUCCAAAUCUACGCUGCGCCGCCACCUCCAGCACUAACCUGCCCUACUGCACCUCCUCCGCCUCCGCCUCCUCCUCCACCACCUCCACCUCCCCCUCCCCCACCACUGCCCCCUGCCAUACCCCCUCCACCUGUCCAAGCUUCACCUUCCUCUGAAGACAAACCGAAGCCUCUCAGCGAAAAAGAGGACCCUCCUUUUCCAGCCAAGAACAUGCUCAAACAAAAUAUAGGGACAAUGGAUGAAGUUUUGGCCUCACUACAGCGUGGACAGAUCCAGCUACGGAAGGUCCCCUCUCCAAAGAUGGCGUCCCCCACUGAGGACCCGAGGAGCAAUCUGAUGUUUGCCAUCCGACAGGGAGUCACGCUGAAGAAGGUGGUUGCUGCACGUGCAGAAGUCCAGAACAGCCCGGACAACGAGCUGGAGCGCAGCAUCAAAGCCGCCAUGAUGAGGAUGAAGAAAGUGGCAGCAGACUCUGACGAGGACGACAGAGGAGACGACGAUACACACAGUACAGACUGGGACAGCUGAGAACACACACACACACACACACAUGCAGAUGAAGCUGUUGUCUAACAUUACCCUCGCUCUGUUUUCUUCACGGUUCUGAGCUACAGCGCACACUGCUGCCAAAUUCUCACCAAAAAGCUUCCUCUUAGACAUGGGUAGGAUUACACCUCCUCUGACUUAAACAUCACAGUUUUGAAAAUAGCCUGGAGAUGUUGUAAAACAUCCAGAACCACUCAAAUCCAACCAACCAGCUUGUGGCAGAAUCAGGAUUUAGCCUCCUCUAAAGCAACUGGUUUUUAGAAAUCCCAAACUGAGCGAAUGAGGCAUUGUGCCUCAACGCUCAUUAAGAAGAAAAGCCGAGUGCUGCCUAGUGCUGUAGUGCAGUGUGUAAAUGAUCGAAUUUCUCCCAACUCACCAUCUGAAGGCCUUUUGUGAGACUGUCACGCAGCAGGGGAAGCCUGUGCUGCAGGCAAAGACGACUGCACAACUCCGCUGUCACAAACACUCAAUUUCCCCACAUUGCUGAGUCCGAACUCGGCUAACUUCCUUUAUUUUGAAUGUAAUUAAAUCUGAGCAAUUGCUUUAUGACUUGACUUUACCCCAAUAAGGGCUACAGCAGACGGAGUUGUGUCGUUUUUGCUUUGUGUCACUAAACAAAUGAAGAGUCCUGAAGUGCAGCAGUGUUAAUUAUUUACAGACUACAUGUCUAAAGUCUACGUCAUUGUUUGUAUUACAGGCUGUUUGAUGCACCGUGCCCCUAUCGCUGUUUUCCUCUUAUGUCAGAAAUGUGUGAAUGUGUUAGUCUUAAUUUAUACAUAAUGUUUUAUUAAUUGCUCUAUGAUGCCAUAACCAGUUAAGGGGGAAGUAAAGAACACUAUAUUAAUUUUCUUAAAUAACCAAGGCUUCCUUUUGAUUAUGUUAUUACUACAAUUACUAGGGAUGCACCGAUUCGCCUUCUGGACAUCAGUAUCAGUGGACUUGGGGUUUGCAGUCCAAUUCAUGGCAUGCUUAGAUAGUGACAGAUCUGAUUUUUCAACAGUCCACAGAUUUAUUUUACAAGUGCAACUGAAGGUGGACACUAGGACUUUUACUUUUUCACACACUUUCAUCAAGUUGGAAUGAAUCAAAAAGAAAAGAAAAUAAGGUUGAAUUCUACCGCAGUUAUUACAAUAACAGUGAAAAAAUAUGUUGGCUGUGUGGGAGUAUUAGACUGUAUCGGAGAAAGCUAAGCAACAAGAACGUUUUCUUGUACUUCUGUAUGAAAAACACAAGAAGUGAAAAAUCACCCUAUUUUUUUAAAAAUUGCAUUUGCAUGUAAUUAAUAAUUUGAUUCACAAAUGUUUUUGUUGUAAGUAGUGAAACAUUCUUCUCACUAGUUGUAUAAAAGCUCAAAAUGCUUUUAAAGCAAUCAGAACUUUAAUUUGAAAGGUUAUGCUAAAAGGUGUUUUUAUUUUUAUUUGUGUGAUUCUUUUAUGAUACAUUUGUACUCAUUCAAAGAUAGUCUAAUGAAAUACUGAAAGACUUUAAAACUUUAAGACUUUCUUGGCACAAAAGGGGAAUAAAAACAUUAAAAACAUCUGUAUCAACAUCUGCUAUCGGCCAAAUUAUUAUUUUAAACAUCGGUGCAUCCCUGGCAAUUUAUCUGUACAGCUCUAUGUUUGAUUGUUGUUGAAUGUUUGGAAAGUUUGAACGCAGGUUGUUGAUGUUUAGGGAAAACUUUGUACUGAUGACCUUUGAACCUGUGACACAGAGCACUUACCUGAAAAGACGAAGCUAUAAAAAUGUAUUAUGUACAAAACAAAUGACAAUUACUGUAUGUCAAACGGUGUUGAAUGGUUUGCAGACAAAUUGAUUGAAUGCUGCAAAGAUGUUCUUGCUACUGUGUUUUAAUAAUAAAUUAAGACAUGUUAGAUCAUAAA